AUGCCGCCCAAGAGAGGCAGCGAGGACGAGGCGCCGGCCAGCUACAAGAUCCAGCGCGUCGAGCACGACCACCAGCACCACCAUCCGCACCAGCAGUCCACCAGCCCGCACCACCGCCUGCCCAACAACGACUUCUCCGGCAGCGUCAAGCGCAAGCUCGCCGACUCGAAGCGGACGGGACAGGCCUGCGACCGCUGUAAGAUUCGCAAGAUCCGCUGCGAUGGCCGCCCCGAAGGCUGCACCUCGUGCGAGCAGAACAGGACGCCAUGUCGCACCACCGACCGCAUCACCGGCCGCGCCACCACGCGAGGCCACGCCGAGGCAAUGGAGGCAGAGAACACGGGCCUGCGCGCCCACAUCGCCGACCUGCAGGCUCAGCUGAAGGAAGUCGGUGUUGACCCCCGCGCGCCGCCCGCGCACAGCGCCAACCUCGACGUCCCCAGCCAUCCGUGGACGUCUGCAGGCCACGCAGGCGAGAGCCAGGCGUGGAUGGACCCGCAGCAGCAGCGACCCUGCCCCUCGCCGCUGUCGGGGUACGCGCCUGCCAGCAGUGGCGUCGACAGCUCAGAGUUCCCCUCACUGCCGCACUUCAAGUACGGCUCCAUUGGCGACAACUACCUGGGCGUCGCCUCGGGGGACUCCCUGCUGAGCCACAUCCGUGGCACGUCGCUGUCUGUCUUCGGCACGCAGGUCGACCUCACCGACUUCAUGAUGGGGGACGCCGAGUACGAGAAGUCGGUCAUGUCCUACACCACCCUGGUCCAGAUCACGGUGGGAGGCCAGAAGGUGGAGCGCAUUGAAUUGCCGCCGUACAACGCCUUGAGGGAGUACGCGGGGUGGUAUCUGCGCUCGCUGAACCCAUACACGAUGCUCCUCCACAGGCCUGCUCUGAUGCAAUUGGUCUGGAGCUUUGGAAACGACCCCAACUUCACGCCCACGGCCCCCGAGACGGUCUUCGUCCACAUGAUGCUCGCUACCAUCAAGUACCAGGUCGCCGCCCGGAACAGCCAGCAAGACGCCAUGAUGGAGGAGUCGCACGCCCACUACAAGUACGCCCUCAGCUUCUACAAGGACCUCCUUCUCGGAAGCCACAGACUGGAGAGCAUACAAGCCAUGGCCAUGAUCUGUCACCACCUCCGCAACUUCCCUAAGCCUGGUGCCGCCUGGAUCUUCACCUCGAUGACGCAUCUGUUCGCGACUGAGCUUGGCAUGCAUCGCUCCGUCAAAGCCUGGGCGGAGGGCCCCGUCAAGCUGAGCAAAAUUGAGAUCGAGAUGCGGAAGCGCGUGUUCUGGACUCUGCACGCCCUCACCAUCAACCUUUCUGGGAAGCUGGGCAGACCAAUGCCCGUCAACAACGAUGACAUUGACGUCGAGUUCCCGGAGCCGAUGAACGACUGUCUCCCUGGGGAAGAGGGGACUCUCGACACGUUCCAUCAGUGUUCGUUCCAGGUUGGCAUCCAGGUCGCCAAACACUGCGUGUGGGAAUUGUCGCUGAACAAGCUGAUAUACUCCGUCCGACACUCGCCUCGCGCGUAUGUGGAGAACUUGAAACGGCUCGAGGCUGGUAUUCGGCAGUGGAAGGAGGAUAUGCCGUUUGAAUUGCGAGACCCGUCACAUGCAAGCCAGGAUGAUCACAUAUUCGCCCUGUACCUUGAAUACUGGUAUCAGUCGUACCAGCUGCUGCUGCAUCAUCCUGCAGUCUGCCGAUCAAUGGAUGCGGCUAUCAUCAAUUCCAACCUGGACAAAUGUCUCGAUGCGUCGCAGAAGAUGCUGCUCAAUUGCACCGAGAUGAUGCACAAGAAAAGCCUGGACAUACCAUGGAUUAAUACGGUCGUUUAUAUCGCGGCCAUCUUCACAACCCUUUUCAUCUCGUCCAGGCGAAAGGAGCUCAUGUCGCCGGUCGACAUGACCAGACUUAAGGGGGAUAUGGCGACGUGGAUCAACGUCUUGGGCGAGUGUGAUCACUUUCUUGGAUCUGGAGACAGUCUCAAGAACGCCAUAUCGACAAUCGUCGACCAAUCUCUCGCAAACAUCAACGACAGCAUCGUCAAGCGCACCGAGUCGCUAGCCCGCGCAGCUCUGCAAUCACCUCAACACGGCACAGCCCCCGCCCCCGUUUACGAGAACAACAACUACCACGACUCCUACACAACAGCACCCACCAUCCCCACAGAUCCCACCCUCACAUCCACAUCGCCCAACUACAACACCCUCACAGGUCCACUCACUCACCCCUACAACUUACAACCCGUCUCCCAACCCUCCAACAACGCCUUCGACCAGCAACCGCAAUACACAACCCGCGAAGACAACGUCAUGACCCCCACGCACGCCGCAGCUCUGGCAGCCGCAUCAUCGAACCGCACGCCCCAGCCCCAACCCCAAAACACAAACAACCACUACGUCUACCAACCACAACAACCCACCCAAACCAAUACCCCGCACCAUCCCCAACCUCAGAAUAACUAUGCAAACACACUCACGCCCGCCAACGCCCUCACCCCCCAGGACUGGCGCCAGUGGUCCGCCAUGCAGAUGCAGCCGCAGCCUCAACUCGGCCAAGGCGCCCCGUACCACUCCCUGCACACCGUCAACACGGCCACAUCGCUCAUGUCGCUUGCUGAGCGCGAGGGCGCGGGGCAGGGCCCCCCGCAGAAUCAGAAUCCGCAGCAUAUGGAUGGCGGGGGGCAUCCGCAUCCACAUCCACAUCCGCAUCCGCAUGCUCAUGCUCACACUCAUGCUCACGCGCAUGCGCAUUGGCCUGAGAUCCAGUUCCCCGGUAUGCAGACUGGGAAC